UAUCAUGUAAGAUAAUAUCAAUUGAUGAAUUUGAAAGUAUAAUUCCUGUUAAUCCACCAAUUGUGAAUAACAUAAUAAGACCUAGAGAUCAUAAAACUGAGAUGUUUAAUUUUAAUUUUGAACCAUGAUAUGUAGCUAAUCAACUAAAUACUUUAAUUCCUGUUGGAACAACAAUAAUUAUUGUUGCUGAAGUAAAAUAAGCUCGUGUAUCAACAUCUAAUUCUACAGUGAAUAUAUGAUUAUAUAUUUAUAAUAUAUAUAUAUACGUUCCACAAUAAGAUUCGUGUCGAUUGUUUAUCAAGGAGAAAUAUUAGAUGUAUAAAUAAUUUCAUUGUGGAUGAAUUAUUUAUAAAUAUCUGUAAUUUGUAAUUUUAGAUAUUUUAGAUAGAGUUGAGGAAUAGAAGGAAAACGGAUAGAGAGAAUAAGUUAGAGGGAAUAAUUAGUACCGGUUAAUCGAGUUAAAGAAGUUAAGUUUAGACACAAUUGAACCCGUGAUUCUUCGCGAUCUUUCUUGAAUCAAAAUCUUCAAUCUCUUUAACGUUUAGUUAUCUACUUAUGUAAAAAGCUAUCCGCGACAGAAGAGCACAUGAUUUUCGUUGGAUUGGAUCCGCGCCAAAAUUAAAUUGGUUCGAAAAUCUGCCUAUAAUAGAAUCAUUACUCGUAAUGGCGUCAUUUUCAAUUUAUUCGACGUAAAUGAGAUAUUUUUUUUUUUCCAAUUCUUAAUUUUCAUUCAUUCCUUUCUGCGAGUAACUUCUUUGUUCGAAUCAGUAGCCCACUUAUUCGUGCUAAGAGCACGAUCCAAAAGGAUCUUUCUCUCGGCAAACAAUCAAUACCUAUCAUCUUGUCCUUAUUUACUUCUUCCUCCACUUUUCGCUAAUCGAUUAAAUCCUUUAAAAAGCUCGAUUUGUAUCAAUACUUUGGUAAGAGAAUUCAAAAGAAAGUUGAAAUUCAAUUUGAUUAAUGAUUCGAAACAGAAGGAGAAAUGUUUUUUUCUAAAACAGAUUGAUUCUUUUUUCUUCUUUCGAGUAUUAAUAUAUUCAAAAUGUAAGAAAAAGAUAUUAGAAUAUGCACAGAUAAUACAAGGCUCGAUAACCUUUUCAAGAAUAUUAAUUUAUAAAGAACGUGUAUCGACCAAUUUGACAAAUUUCCCUGAAAAAAAUAAUAGAAGAGAAUUUUUUAUUCUAGAAAAAUCAAAUUUCUAUCUUGUAAUUCAACAAUGCCUCCAACACUUUAAAGUUAUUUGCGAUACAAUGGAGACAAAUUACGAAAGUUCAAUUUUGGUUCAAAGGAUGGUAAGAUAUCACGUUUCGUAGAACCUCUCGUAGAUGAGAAGUGAAUUUGAAGAUGCGGGUACGACGAGAGGAUACGAUUCAAUGAUAUUUUUAUAAUUAUUAAAUUCCACCGAAUUUUCUCGAUAAUUAAUUUUCAAUCUUUUACAGAUCGAAAUACAUGCCUGAUGCGACUGGUCAUCUUGAAUGCAGAAUCUCUCGAUCAAAUUAUUUACCAAUACACGUGAAUAUAAUUUCGACGCGAUUUAGAUACUCGAUGAUAAAACACCCCCCCUCCUGAUCGAACGAUACUCUCAAUUCUCUUAAUGCCACGCUCGGUAUAAUUCAGCAAGGGUGGUAGCUGAUAGCGGUAAGUGAUGGACAUUGGUAAUGUGCUGCAUCUGCUUUGCCACGAGGCGAACGAGCGUAGUCGCUUUUAUUAAACACGCCCUUUGUUCCGUGGAAAAAGAAACACGAAAGCGGGAAACGAUUGUCUUUCUGAAGUAGAAAGAAAGGGAGGGAAAAAGAAACAGAAAAAUUAAAUAAUCCCACCCUUCGAAAAGCACUUUCUCGUUCAAGGAUAUCGCUUAUAUCUACCAAUAUAUUGUUCCUCCAACUUGGAAUUAUUGGAUUAUUGAUAUACAUAAAUAUUAAUAUAUUAUAAUACGUUGCGCAACAUCUUGCACGAUACGUUACAAUGUAAUGUUGCGUGUAUUUGAAACGAGAGGUGAAUCAAUAAGAUCUAUUGAUCUAAUCUAAUAAUUAAAAAUUUUAAGUUUGGAUAAACGUUAUCCAAUUAUCAAUUGGCAAGUAUUUACAAUACUUGUGAAAUUGAAGGAAAGGUACGUAAAAAGAAAAAAGGUAUAAAUAAAUAUUACAGCGAUGACGCAACGAUCCUCGUUAGAAUCGAGUCGAAUCACCGAUCGAGCAACCAAAAGGCUGGAUCCGUGUCUUUUCCUCGACGGGCUAAUUUCGCUUGGCCCAGAAAUCCAAAGAAGAAUCCGUUUCGCCGGAUCGUGAAAGGACAGGGUGAAUGAAGGAGGAGGAAAAAGAGAAAAGGGAAAAAAUAGUCGCGAGGACCUUGCAAUUUCUUCUCCCAUCGUCUCGAAACCACCACCCACAGUUUCGUGGUGGACUCCAGUGACGUCACCAGGAGUAUAUCCUGGAACAGUUGCCGUUAAAUGGGGGGGCUCCUCUUCAACCCCAUGAAAAGUCUUCUACCCGACCAAUAGGGGAACUUCGUGCCACUGUGCGUCGACCAAUCGCGAACAGAUGGUGAUUGAGAAAGGCGCGUAGACGGAGGGGACCGAGGUCUUAAGAAGAGCGGAGGAUACCGGUACCGGGACACUGUUGCUCGCGGCCCUCGAAGAGGCGAGUCGUUCAACUUGAUCUCCUCUUAAUCUCGUCACAGAAAUUGUGCCAGUGCCGUUAUCUCGCGACUUAGAGUCAUAAUAGAAUCAUAAUAGAAUAGAGGAAUCCAAGGAAGAAUAGAAAUAUUACGUUUGGAAAUUAAGAGAGGGUUGAAAAAGUAGCAUAAUAUAUUUUUAAGAGUGGACAUCUCUCCUUUCUUAUUCUCGUGUCGAAUCUGUUGUCUAGUUAUGAGUGGUUCUGGGAAAGGUCUUCUCGGGGUGUGGUUGUACAGAAGAGGCGACAACUGGGCCAUUAAAGAAGGAAGCCCCAUUCACAAGUCGAGCGAUAUCCCCAUGGUCGAGCGCAAAUCGAACAACGACAACAAGAAUUCCGUCGUUUUCUCGUUGAAAAAUCAAAUCGGCGGUUUGGCACGAGCAUUGCAAGUUUUCCAGGAUUUGGGGGUGAAUGUGAUUCACAUCGAGUCACGGAAGUCUGUGCGCCGCGGCUCGGAGUACGAGAUCCUCGUCGAUGUCGAAUGCGAUUCAAAAAGGAUGGAACAGUUGACGAGAAUGUUGAGCCGAGAAGUUGCCGCGAUUAAUUUAGCCCAAUACGAGCAAAUGGGGAGUAUCCCUCACGCUCCAUCCCUUUCCGCGGCUCCGAGUUUUGAUUUCAGUGAGGUAGAUAUGCCAUGGUUCCCACGAAAAAUAUCGGAUCUGGAUCAGGCUCAAAACGUGCUCAUGUACGGAUCCGAAUUGGACGCGGAUCACCCCGGCUUCAAAGAUCCGGUCUAUCGCAAACGUCGCGUGCAAUUUGCGGAUAUCGCCAACAAUUACAGAUACGGCCAAGCGAUUCCCCGAGUUCAGUACACUCAGGAGGAGAUCAAGACAUGGGGUACCGUUUUCCGUGAAUUGCAUCAUCUUUAUCAGAAGCAUGCUUGCAACGAAUAUCUUGAGAAUUGGCCAAAGUUGGUGAAAUAUUGCGGUUAUAGAGAGGAUAAUAUACCACAGUUACAAGAUGUGAAUGUUUUUUUGAAACGCACUACUGGAUUUCAACUUCGACCCGUGGCUGGCUAUCUAUCGCCGAGAGACUUUUUGGCUGGUCUCGCUUUCCGAGUAUUUCAUUGCACCCAGUACAUUCGACAUUCGUCCGAUCCCUUUUACACACCUGAACCAGACUGCUGCCACGAAUUGUUGGGUCACAUGCCGCUACUAGCGAAUCCAAGUUUCGCUCAAUUCUCCCAAGAACUUGGACUGGCUUCGCUCGGAGCUUCGGACGAGGAUAUCAACAAAUUAGCGACUCUUUAUUUCUUCACGGUGGAAUUUGGAUUAUGCAAGCAGGACGGCAUACUUCGCGUUUACGGGGCGGGUUUAUUAUCUUCCGUCGCGGAACUGAAACACGCGGUCUCCGUUCCUGAGAAAACUUUCCGAUUCGAUCCGGAGAUAACUUGCAAGCAGGAGUGUAUCAUCACUGCGUUUCAAAAUGCUUAUUACUAUACGGACAGUUUCGAAGAGGCGAAGGAGAAAAUGCGAGCAUUUGCGAACCAAAUACAACGACCGUUUGGAUUGCGCUAUAAUCCUUAUACGCAAUCGGUGGAAGUGUUGACGGAUGCUCAAAAAAUCACGGCAGUAGUGAGUGAGCUGAGAGGCGAUCUCUGCAUCGUUUCGAACGCUCUCAGGAAGAUACAAGAGCAGGAUGACACGGUGGAUAUCGAGAGGAUAACUAGUCUUUUGACUCAAGGAAUCGAAUUGCCUCAAGAUACCUCGUCUUCCGAUAGCGAUGUCGAUAAAAGUCCUAAUAUCGAGACGCCGGAAAUAUCAGUACGAAAUCAAAAUAAUAUAUAUUCCGAUGAUGAUAUAAUUAAUGAUUAAAAAAAAAGAAUUUGUUUCAUAAGUAAUUGAAGUUCGAUGUGCAUAGUGAAUUAUCGUUAGAAAAAUUAUUUCUCUCUUUCUCUUUCUAUAUAUAUAUAUAUAUGUAUGUAUGUAUGUAUGUAUAGUCUGCGAAGAAAAUUAUUAAAAUUAGAUAAAUGUUUUAUUGAACUGAAUGUAAAUCGCAUAAUGGAUUGUAGAAAUAUGUCAUAUAAAUAUGUUAGAAUUCUUUAUGCUUGCAGAAAAUUAUAUUUAAAUGAUAUUGUUAAAGUUAUACAUAUGGAAAAUAAUAAAAAAAAUUAUAUAAAGUACAA